AUGUCCGCCACAACAACCGAAACAAGCACCCUCAGCUCUAAAUGGCCGCAAGCCCUCGACCUGGCGGGCAGCAACCAGCCCUGCCGGCUCGAAGGCGCCAUCGCUGACCUGCCCGUGCUGGGCACGAUUCCGCCCGAAAUCAACGGCACCUUCUACCGCGUCAUGUGCGACCCGUUCGUGCCGCCGCACCCGGACAACGUGCCCAUCGACGGCGACGGCAGCGUUAGCGCCUUCCGGGUGCGGGCGGGCCGCGUCGACAUGCGCAUGGCGUACGUGGAGACGGAGCGGUACCUGCUCGAACGCCGGCGCGGCGAGGCGCUGUUCGGACUGUACCGCAACCCGUUCACGCACCACCCUUGCGUGCGCGCCGCCGUCGACAGCACCGCCAACACGAACUUGGUGCUGUGGGCGGGCGAGCUGCUGGCGCUGAAGGAGGUGGCGCUGCCGUACAGCUUGGAUCCGGAUACGCUGGGAACGCGCGGGUACGAUCCGUUUGGCGCCAGGGAGGAGGCUGUCAAGGCGAAGACGUUUACCGCGCAUCCCAGGGUCGAUCCGGAGAAGAAGGAGCUGGUAGUGUUUGGGUACGAGGCGAAGGGGUUGGCGACGAAGGAUGUGGUGGUGUAUGCAUUGGAUCAGGCGGGUGAUGUGGUCAAGGAUAGCAUCGUCUGGCUCGAGAGUCCGUGGUGCGCGCCCAUUCACGACUGUGCCAUUACCGACAACUGGGUCAUUCUGGUGCUGUGGCCGUUCGAGACUGACGUGGAAAGGAUGAAGAGGGGGAAGCAGCACUGGGCGUGGAGCUACGACAGGCCGGCUACGUUUAUUGUAGUGCCGCGGAGAGUGGGAGGGAAGAUGCCCCCGGGCUGGGCCAAAGGAGAGACGAGGACAUACCACUGGAGGAACUGCAUGCCUAUCCACACUGGCGGCGCCUGGGAGGAGGUCGAGCAGGACGGUAGCACCAGGCUGUUCUUUGAAUCCAGCCGUGUCCACGACAAUGCUUUCCCAUUCUUCCCACCCACCGAUGGACGCAUGCCUGCUGCCGACGCAAAGGCCGACUUUGUUCGCUGGGAGCUCGACCUUAGCAAGCCCACAAACACACAAGUACCAGAUCCGCAAAUCAUUCUGGACAUGCCCUCCGAGUUCCCGCGUAUCGACGAGAGAUUUAUGGCGAAGAAGUUGAAGAUUUUCUGGGCGGAUGUAUUCCUGCCGGAGCGAAGCGACGGUGGGAAGAAUAUCUUCCACGGACUAAACGCCCUCGCAAUGCACAACCACGAGACAGGAAAGACCCGUUUCUUCUAUGCGGGUGACGAGUCAUUGAUUCAAGAACCCAUUUUCAUUCCGAGAAGUGACGAUGCCGCCGAGGGAGAUGGGUGGAUAAUGGCCAUGGUUGAAAGGCGAAAAGAGAACAGAAAUGACUUGGUUAUCAUUGAUACACGCGAGUUCGAGAAGGCCGUUGCCAUCGUGCAGCUACCUCUCCAUGUCAAGGCACAGAUUCAUGGUAACUGGGUUGACGCAAAGGAGCUGGGGGAAUGGAAAAGCCUAGUCCAGCAGAUUCCUGAGGUGAAAAUUAGCGGUAGAGGUGCGCUGGAACCGCUAAUUUAA